AUGCCGCGAUCUUUUCUUGUAAAAAAUCAGCAACGGUCGAAAAAACGGACGGAUGAUAGUAGCCCUGAUGAUGAAGGUCAGUUUUAUAUCAUAUUUUCACAUAUAUGUAUAUAUAUAUAUAUAAUAACAACAAUAAUUACUUCAAGACAACUAGGAUAUUUUACGGAUCACUAGCGUAAUCGCCUUAAAGAAGGCGAAUAUUUCGGUAAAAUAUAUUUUCAGGGGUUAGUAACGCACGAUUUCUUGUUUUUGUUGUGUUCAUAACACUUUUAAAACCUAUCACGGAGCCAAUGAUCACCUAUCAACCAACAAAUAUGUAUUAAAAUCUCAAAGGCGUUUUGCUUCUGGAAUCCUUAUUUAGUUCGGGAAGAACAAUAGAUGAAUUUAUUUAUAUGAUUUGGAAUUAUGACUUUUUACCUUCGGAGGAAGGAACUUUGAUUUUAUUUUGUUUUUACUUUACGUGAUUUAUUUUCUAAACAAAUUUACAAUAGCAUGUUAAUAUGUUGAAGUCAUGAAAUUUUUAAACUUAAUAUCAGUUUUUUGUCUAUCAACUAAAACCAAAGUAUAGGAAAAAUAAUUAUCAUAUAUAUUCUUACAUCUUACAUGCAACUAAUUCGUUGUUUUAAUAGAUGUUCCGGAUUUAAACAGCGGUUCAAGCACAACAUUUAACAUAUUUCCAGCCAAUUUUACAGGUAAAUUCAAGACCAUCAACUCGGUACCUGUUAAGGUUAAACGACUUAGAACAAACAGUCAUAAAUAAAAAUUUCCUCAUCAUUCUGAUCCCAUUGUUCAAAAACAAUUUCUUUUAGAACCAUAUAUCAUCAUUUCUUGUGCUCUUGGCAAGACAUGUAUAGAAAUUCAACGUCUUAUUUAAGAUUUCUUAGCCAUCUUGAAAUAAUAUAAUCAAUAAUUAAGAGGCAUAUCAUGUUGCUAUGGUUGGGCAGUUCUUGUUUAACAAAUAAUUAGAAGCGGUUGGGUAUUAACUCAAUAUACCAUGAAGCGAAGGUCACCGGGGGCAUACAUGUACAAGAUUUUCAAUUUAUAUGUUACUAUUAACGUUAUUCGUUUGAAUACAUUUGGCAUUUACCUCUCAUUUGAUCAGGUUUUCAUCCUUUGAAAUGCAGCUGUGCCUCGUACACUGGCACUUUGGAUUCAUGUUACAGCGUUCAAUUAACAUUUUUUUCACUUCAUACCCGCGGCUGAUCGAAUUAAUAUACCAUGGCCCUUCUGGACCUACAAUGAACAAGGACUAACAGAGUUCUUUGCUAUCCAGUUCAAAAACUCAAGUUACUUUUAGGAUAGUUUAUAUUUUAUAUUUCCCACGAUUCAGUCCCACUAUGCAAAUAUUGCCAUGUUUAGGGACAAGUCAUUAUUAAUGCAGGUAGGGGCCCGGAGGAAAUUUUUAUGAAUAGCAAAAAUUUUUCAUGACCCCUUAUUUUUCUAACAAAAUCAUUUUAUCCCCCCCCCCCUAUUGAAGCAACAUAUUUCAUAGCCCCCCCCCCAAAAAAAAUUCUGAAUUCAAUGACUCUAAGUCAGUUUCGUAACCAUCUUUCCUGCCCUCAUACUCAAGGUGGACAGGAGUGACUUCAGUUUCACAAUAGACACAAUAGAUAAUUCAGACUUUAUACCUGAAAAGUUGUUGGCCCUCAAACAAAAAACCUACACAUCAGGCCUACCUUUACUAAUUGAAAAAAAUACAUUUGUGUCUGGUGGAAGCAUUAUAUUGAAGAGAUGGCAUGCAGGAGAGACUGUCAACAACAUGCAGAAACAGAACAUGUCAAAGAGGUCCACUUGGUUAAAAAGCGUAAAACAGGGCAACAACUGUCAAUUGAAUCUUGCAUUUGCAAAUGCAGUGCAUGACCCUUCAGACAAAUUCUACGGUGAUGAUGAGGAUUGAGGAUGACAAUUUCCAUAUACAGUAGCUAGAACACAACUUUUCGGUUCAAUAUAUUGGGCAUUACUGUUCAAUGUAUGUAUGUAUACUGUAUAUAUAUAUAUAUAUAUAUAUAUAUAUAUAUAUAUAUAUAUAUAUAUAUAUAUAUAUAUAUAUAUAUAUAUAUAUAUAUAUAUAUAUAAUAUAUAUAUAUAUAUAUAUAUAUCCAUUACUCUUUUGAUAUUAUCAUAUUACAUGUUACAAACUAUUCCAUAGAUUUUAUGUUCAAAAUAUUUUCUGCCCCACCCCCACCCCCCCUUCACUGCUCAAAAAUUUUUUGUGGCCCCUCUAAAUUUCCUCCGGCCCCUACCCGGCAUUAAUAAUGACUGGUCCCUUAUAAACUAUAAAUACAAUCAAUUUCUAAAGAAAUGAAUAAUGGUGAGUUGAGGGGGAGGGGCAACCUCGCAAGCCAGGGUCUUCUACCUACGCUGGGCUGCGGCGAAGACCCUGGUUCAGGCUGGUCACGUGACACUUUUACUUACUCUCCACCUUGGGGGGGAUGGGUAGAACACCAGUGGUGCAAAAAUCGACUUCCGGUUGAAAACAGCGUGUAUCGUCGUUUCGAAGGGGUGAAGAGCGCAAAUUUUGGUAGCUUGCUUCGACGCAAAUAUAGCAGAUAAAAUGGAAAGAGGAUCUAAAUGUAUGAUUUUCUUUGCUUGCUUACAUUUCGCUAUUACAAAUAGCUUAUAUUCUAAUAUUAUGUUAAAACCAAAGCAAGUUAUUUGUUUGGAAAAAUUGUUUUUUGGCUCGGAUGUACUGGCGGUUCUUCCAACAGGUUAUGGGAAAUCGUUAAUAUAUCAGAUUCUACCGUUGCUGUUGUACUGCAAAGAAUGGUUAGAAGGAAGCCAGAUUCAACGUUCCAUUAAUGAAUGCGACUUAACGUCUGUCGUUAUUGUUAUUUCCCCUCUAAAUUCGCUCAUUAACGACCAAAUUCGGAAGAUACUUACGACAGGCCUUCGAGUGUCCAUAUUAAAUGUCAACAGAACUUGUGAUGAUAUUACAAGUGAUUCUAGCGACGACGAAGUUCUCUGCGACGUAGUUGAACUUGACAAAAAGGAAAGACUGCUUGCUGGUUAUUAUAACAUUUUAUUUGCACAUCCUGAAUCACUGUUAUCUAGCAGAUUUGGACGAAGUCUUGUCAAUAGUGUGGUCUAUCAAAAAAAUGUUUGUGCUCUUGUCAUUGAUGAAGCACACUGCAUCAUAGAAUGGUAUGUAUAUAAAUAUGUGUAUGUAUGUAUGUAUAUAAAUUAUGAGAUAACAAAUUUGUAUGGUUUACCUGUAAUAGUUUGGAAGAAAUGUUAUUCGCUAAUAUAG